AAAUAAAAUUGACAUAGUUUGUUUCCCCAUGACUAGUACUAGCGGACUUACCGCGCGAAUAUCCCAGACUUUGUUCACCUCCAACAGUUUUGUCGAAGAAGUUGCAAGCAUUCUUCAACACUGGGACACAGGAUUAGAAGCUUCUAAGAGGAGGAUUCAAGAUGCAAAGGAAAAGAACUCUACUGUUUUGGAUCUCCAGCAGCUGGAGCUGAGCAACGAAAUAUUCAACGAACUUUGGCCCUCCAUUCGUGAAAUUCGCAACUUGAAGUACUUGAACUUGUUUUUGAAUAGGCUAACCGAACUUCCAAGCGAUUUUGGUGCACUUUCCACGUUGGAAACUCUGAAUUUGGCUUGUAACCCUCUGCAGUCAGUACCUGAUUCUUUUUCUGACUUGGCUAUGUUACGAGAGUUAGAUUUGGGCUUCACAAGUACACUUUGUACGGUUCCUGAGAUAUUUGAGAAGAUGACUCAAUUGAAGGUCUUGUAUGCUGGAAACAAUAGGCUUGAGAAACUUCCUGAAUCUGUUAUUUCUCUACAGUGUCUCGAAGAACUGCAUCUCUACGGUAACGCUCUCAACGCUUUACCGGAAAAUAUUGGCAACUUAAAGUCGCUACGACUUCUCAACGUUGGCAGAAAUAAUUUAUCUUCGCUUCCUAAUAGUAUUGGGUCCUUGUCUUCCUUGGAAGUUUUAUAUUUGUAUGAAAAUGAUUUGAGUUCGUUGCCACGUUCGAUGAAAGACCUGAGCAAGCUUCGUGUGCUUGGUUUAGAUGGCAAUCCUUCCCUUUCUUCGUUGCCGGAACAUAUUAAGGAGCCCAAUGCAAAAGCAGUUGCUGCUUACUAUGCUGAAAUGGAAUAAAUUGGCAGUAUUUAAGAAGGAACCAUUGACACGAUUAUCUAUAUCCUAGGAUGGAUUUCUAUUGAAUCAUAUAAAAAAGGUUCUCUUUGCUUUGCAGAAAAACAACAUUAUU